CAGGCUUUUGUUGUGUUUAGACCACAUACCUCCAGCCCCCGAGACGAGAGUGCAUGUGUGUGCGAGCCAGAGAGCGCGAACGGGGCAAGGCUGCUGCUUGCACACUGCUCGCACACCUCACUUACUACUUGAUAAAGAGGCAGCUGCUAAAGAGAGGACUUUUGUUAUAGCGCAGAUCAAAUUGUGGGACGCUGGAAUUGUUUGGAUUUGGCGCACUGGGUUAUGUUAAUGGGGCAGGGAGGUUAAACGCAGCGCUUGAACUGAAGACAGCCGCAAAUAAGCAAGUCCUUGGAGAAGGUAUAUAUCAGCAGGGGAUAAGGGUUGGUGUGUUUCAGAACAGAUUAGUGCAGUCGCAGGUUCUCUCUGCUGCACCCUCAUACACGAGACUCCUCAAGCGCUAUCCGACCAAUCAAGCUCUUUUAUUCUCUUCUCUGAUUGGUUUUUAAGUCAUGAUGCAAGAGUCAAGGACAGAGGCGACAAAUGGAACAGCCAAUCAGAACGGCUCCCCACCUAGUGUGGAGGGACACAGAGAAGUUCGAUCCAAGAGCGCCACUCCUUCCUCUGACAUCACAGCGUCUGACCUCGUCAACUUCCAGCAGCAGCAGGCCUUACAAGUUGCACGACAGAUCCUUCUCCAACAUCAACAGCAAAGCAGUGCCCACAAGUCCCCAAAAAACAAUGACAAGCAACCUGCAGCACAGGUCCCAGUUUCUGUUGCUAUGAUGACACCACAGGUCAUAACUCCUCAGCAGAUGCAGCAGAUCCUCCAACACCAAGUUCUGAGCCCACAGCAGCUCCAGCUGUUACUGCAGCAGCAACAAGCACUGAUGUUACAGCAGCAGCAACUCCAGGAGUUCUACAAGAAACAGCAAGAACAACUCCACCUUCAGUUCAUCCAGCAGCAGCAUGGCAGCAAACAGCAGACUAAAGAGGUGUCUGCACAGCAGUUGGCGUUCCAGCAACAGCUGCUCCAGGUUCAGCAGCUCCAGCAGCAGCAUCUCCUGAGCCUGCAGAGACAAGGCCUGCUGUCCAUUCAGCCCAACCAGACUCUGCCCCUGCACUCCCUCACUCAGGGCAUGAUUCCAGCCGAACUGCAGCAGCUGUGGAAGGAGGUGACAAACAGCCAUGUAAAGGAGGAGAACAGCGCGACCAAUAACGGUCACCGGGGUCUGGACCUGUCAUCUCCCUCCCCCGUUCCCCCCAAAAACCACAACCAGCAUGCAUCCACCAACGGCCAGUACAUCAGCCACUCGCUCAAGAGAGAGGGAUCAUUGUUGGAUGAUCAUUCUCCUCACAGUCACCCUCUCUAUGGCCACGGAGUCUGCAAAUGGCCAGGAUGUGAAGCUGUGUUUGAAGACUAUCAGUCAUUCCUGAAACAUCUGAAUAAUGAACAUGCCUUGGAUGACAGGAGCACGGCGCAGUGCAGGGUGCAGAUGCAAGUAGUUCAACAGCUGGAACUGCAGUUAACGAAAGACAAAGAGCGUCUCCAAGCAAUGAUGACUCAUCUUCAUGUGAAGUCUACAGAGCCCAAACCUGCCCCACAGCCACUGAACCUGGUCUCUAACGUCACCCUGUCCAAGACGGCUCCUGAGGCUUCGCCGCCCCUCAGCCUACCCCAAACGCCUACUACCCCAACGGCCCCCCUCACGCCGCUCUCACAAACCCACUCUGUUAUCACCCCCACCAGCCUGCACAGUGUCGGUCCCAUGCGCAGACGCUACUCAGACAAGUACAUCAUGACCAUAUCUCCAGAUAUUGUCCAGAACAAAGAGUUCUACAUGAAUGCUGAAGUAAGACCUCCUUUCACAUAUGCUUCGCUAAUAAGACAGGCAAUACUAGAGUCACCAGAAAAACAGCUAACACUAAACGAGAUCUACAACUGGUUCACGCGAAUGUUUGCAUAUUUCAGACGCAAUGCAGCAACAUGGAAGGGUGCCGUGCGCACCAAUCUCUCCCUGCAUAAAUGUUUUGUAAGAGUUGGGGAUGACUUUGGGUCCUUUUGGACCGUAGAUGAUGAAGAGUUUAAACGCGGCCGCCACAUACAACAAGGUCGCCCCAGGAAGCACGCGGCUGACGAAAGCUGUGACAAGCUGCUUGUACAAAGUCCAGCUCUAGUAAAAAACAUCCAUACCACUUUGGGAUAUGGCCCCGCUCUUUCUGCAGCCUUCCAGGCUUCAAUGGCAGAGAACAACAUACCUCUAUACACUACUGCUUCCAUCGGAAGUCCCACUCUUAACUCGCUUGCCAGAGCCAUCCGAGAUGAAAUGAAUGGGGCCAUGGACCACGGGAACAGCAACGGUAGUGACAGCAGCCCUGGACGCUCACCCCUGCCAGCUAUGCAUCAUAUCAGCGUAAAAGAGGAGCCACUGGACCCCGAGGAGCUCGAAGGUCCCCUUUCCCUUGUGACCACAGCCAAUCACAGUCCAGACUUUGACCACAACAGAGAUUAUGAGGAUGACCACGGUCACGAGGACAUGCUGUAAGCCUGGUUUCACCCAGGUCCUCUGCUGAAAAAGGCCAUACUAACUGCGGUCACCUGUGAGACCACUCCAGAAAUAGCAAGCCCAAGACUGGAUUCACAAUCCUCUUGCUGACAGCUAUUAAAAUGUUCCAAUUUACUCUUAGUGCCAUUAAAUACGAAACAAAAUACGAGAUAAGAAACUC